AUGGAGAACAUCACAACAGAUCAGCCAAUAGCCAAACCGAUCAUUGCUCGUUUGCCUUUCGAAAUCCUCUCACAUAUCUUAGAGUCGUUCGCUUCCGAAUUGAACACCUGUUCGCAUAUAUCAGACCUAGCUUAUCCUAAUGCUCAUUUUGAAAAAAAGUCAAUAUCUCAACUCAACAAUUUACGAUUAGUUUGUAAAGAGUGGGCAGAAUUUCUAAUACCGAUUUGUUUUCGGAAUCUUGUCUUACGGGAUGAGAUUGAUGCGCAAUCUAUCAUUGAUAAUUGGUCAUACUCAGUUUACGCUCCAAUUCUUGCUUGCUCGGUCAGAUCUCUUCAUGUCGAGUUAAUUUAUCCGAAGCCGGAAGAAACCUCAAAUAGCGAAGAUGGGAUACUGGACUUCACCGUUGUAUCGAUGGAGCAGGUGACACAAUUGAUCGACUUACUUGGUCAAGAUAUAUUUGAGUUGGAUUUAAAUUUUACAUAUCUCUCUGGGGUUUCUCAAUCGUUAUUAACAUCUAUCAGUCACAUCAAAGGUUUAAAGAAAUUAAGCAUCAAACAAAAAUCUCAAACAUUUUCACCUGAAAGUUGUAAUAUCAGAUCACUUUCUAAUUUAUUACUUGCUUGUCCAAAUCUCGAACAUUUAACCAUGGAUUUUAGAAAUCCGAUUCCAUUAUGUUUAAAACCUCAAGCCUUACCAAAUUUGAAAUACUUUUAUUUUUCUAUUACAAAAGAAAAUAUUCAAUGUAUGGCCAAUAUAUGUGAAACAACUAAAAAAACUUUAAAAGUGAUUGCUUAUUUACUUCUUACUGAACCUGACGAAGGAGCCGAGGUGAUCUUUGAACCGAUCCAGGACAGACUUGAAGGUAUAUUUGCUAUCAACCCAGGAAGCCGUCGUCCACAAGAAGUUUUCUAUAUAGAUUUGCCUCGACUUUGUGUUUUUCAGACCUUACGGAUCCCAUCUCAGUUAUGGCGUAAUGUUCGGACCUUGAUCGUGGACCUUGAUGUUACAAUAAGGCAAUGGGAAAAACAAAAGAAAAAGAUUGGAGCUAAGAAUUGGACAUCAUCACCUAAGUUGAAACAUCUCAUCUUCAUUCGUAGUGAUCCGAAGUCGAAAACCACCUUGAACGAGGAACUUGUCAAUGGCUUCAAGUUACAUGGGGUGAAUUGUCAUAUCACAGAUAAAUUCAAACCUGACGAGUUGAUGGUCAGUAUUUACAGAUUGCAUUUAAAUGGAUUCAAUAUUUGA